AUGGCACGAGAUGUUUCUGAACAUACGAAAAUUGAUUCCCUCAUCGCUCUACUCCAAAACGAACAAACAUACAGCUAUUCUGCGCUUUUCACAGUGAGAAUUCCCGUGCUCCCAGACGACACCAAAUUGACACUGGACCAGGUCAAAUGCAUCUUGCUGGAUGUCCUCAUCGACAAUCGUGCGGACGUUUUCAGAGCGGCCUCUGUGUUGACCGUACCGUUGUUCGGCGAUGAGUUCAGCAAAGUCGAGCCAUUUGAGUACGUUGUCACAGAGCCACCAGAAUUGAAGAAGGCUGGAACCAGACUCAUGGCAAGCCUACAAUGCAAUGAGUACAUUGCACUGAAUGACUUGUAUUCUGAGUGGGGAGAUGAACAGGUCCAAGCUCAGGUCAUCGGAAAUACAAUUUUGGUGGCUGUGCUCACGAGCCCGCUUGCCGUAAUCGCGCCUUUACCGAAAUUUCUUAACUGGACUCCUCUGAACCCGCCAAUGUCACCGUUCGUCAAGUGCAAAGCUUUUAGACCUGUCGACGGGGAUUUGCUGAAAUUGAUGUACACGAAAAUAAGGCAAGAUUAUGUUCAGUGGGAAAUGGGAGAGGUGACUUCUCGUGUGAUUGCCCAGAGGUGUGUUUGUUAUUUCCACAGACUUGAUCUUCACCCACAUGAUUCCGUCAAGGACGAGGCAUUUCGUUGCAUGGAUAUGGGCGUGUCCUUUGCUCAAUUUACCGCUUACAGCAUGUUAGUGAAAUUCUUGAAUAAGAGAGGGAAAACACUAUCGGACUUAUACGAGGUGAUUCCUCUUGAAUUCAUUGAAGAAUUUAAAGCCGAAGUUGAACGUCGACGCAGUGAUCUGGAAGCGUCGCCU